AUGACCGGCUCCUGCUGCGGCUCCACCUGUGGGGACUGCUGCCAGCCCUGCUGCUGCCGCGACCCCUGCUGCUGCCGCCCCGUGUGCUGCCAGACCACCGUGUGCCGCCCCGUGACCUGUGUGCCCCGCUGCACGCGCCCCAUCUGUGAGCCCUGCCGCCGCCCCAUCUGCUGCGACCCCUGUGGCCUUCAGGAGGGCUGCUGCCGCCCCAUCUAUUGCUGCCCCACGUCCUGCACUGCCGUGGUCUGCCGCCCCUGCUGCUGGACCACCACCUGCUGCCAGCCCGUCAUUGUGCAGUCCCCCUGCUGCAGGCCCCCCUGCUGCCAGCCUGCCCCUUGCCGCACCACCUGCAGGACCUGCUGCAACACCUGCUGCAACUGA